ACCUGUCAGACAUGGUCACCAAAGCAGAUCUUCUAAAAUGCAAUCAUAAUGAAAGAAAAGACAACGUAAUACAUUCCCAGUGACCAUCACAAGAUGACAAAACUCCCAUUUCCCUGUUACGCUUGCUAGCUGCUCCUCCACAGCCACGGCAGACGCCCCAUUAAAAAGCAACUUAUUCUCACCCAGACUUUUUAAAAAACUAUUAAUCUGUUGACAACCAAUAAAAGGCUGUCCUGCUGCGAACAGACCAAUGAGGCAACCAGGCACGUCGAGCGCUCAACCAAUCAAGGCAGGCCAUUCUAAUUCUGUCCAUCAUUAUGAAGAAAGUGCCAUAGCGAUCUAAGGUACAUCUUAUUUAUGACCUGCAACCAGAGAGCCAGUGGUGGGACAUUUGUCUGUGAAAGUGAGAGAGGCGCUUGGUGUUCACUUUGGAGAUCCAUUAUGGACUAGUUAAAGAGUUGAGAAGAGGAAGUUAAAAACACGGGCCCUUACCUGAUCUUUGAGACAUUUCCGGGGUGAUGUGAGGACCACACUGAGCCCUGGACAUACAGAAGGUUGUCAGGUUGUGUGGACAGGACUAGACCCCUCAGAUUACUUGAUGUCAGGACCUCAGUAAGAAAUCAGUCUUGAAUCGCCAUCAUCGCCAUCUUGGGAAGCAGAAGAAGUGCAGACUGGUGUCCAUGGAGUCCAAUAUUUCAGGGUCCUUCCUCUUCAACAACAGCUUGAACCAGUUCCCCUCAGACAUCAAGGCCCCGGUGUGCCAGUACUCCAUUGCCAACUCCUUCUACAAGCUCGGCCCCACCAACAUCAGCUCUCAACUCCAGGCCGGCACGCCGCAUGGCAUCAGCGACAUCCUGAGUCGGUCCAUGGUGGGCGGCCAGGGAACCCCUGCACUGCUGUCCGGCUACCCCUCCAUGAGUGGCUUCGGGACAGCCGUGCCCAGUCCAGGGGUGUAUUAUAACCGGGACUACGCCCCAUCGGGACUGAGCAGUUUCUCUAAACCCGGAGUUGAAUGUUCGGGUCUGAAGGGUAAAGACAGCAGCUGCUGGGUGGACGGAGGGUACGAGUGGAGAGGAGCCCGACAGCAGUGUCUCAACAACAGCGGGCAUCACACUGAGACUGUGGGGAAGAAGAAGCACACCAGACCCACGUUCAGUGGACACCAGAUCUUCGCUCUGGAGAAAACCUUCGAGCAGACCAAGUACCUGGCAGGACCAGAGAGAGCCAGACUGGCGUACUCACUCGGCAUGACCGAGUCACAAGUUAAAGUUUGGUUCCAGAACCGGCGCACAAAGUGGCGGAAGAAGAGCGCGACGGAGCCCAGCUCCACGCAGGCCUCGCGGGGGGAGAGCAGAGGAGACGGCUCGGAAAACGAGGUGGAGGACGAGGAGUACAACAGACCGCUGGACCCCGACACAGACGACGAGAAGAUCCGACAGUUACUGCGCAAACACCGCAGAGCUUUCUCAGUGCUGCGCCUGGGACCGCAUCACAUCUGAGGAGAACUCGCGCGCAACACACGAGCCAAUUCAAAACAAUAGAAUUAUCACUUAACACUUCCUAUGAAGUCUAUUGAACGCCGUCAUCGUUUUUGCCACAGGAAAAAAGAUACUAAAAUGUUGUCAAAUUUGACUUUUUUAGGUUUUUAACUAGAACAAAUGUCAUGUAAAAAAAAUGAACUAGCCUACAUAUCAGUUGAUUAAAUGGCACAUUUAAAGUUAAAAGGUAACAAACCACAAAAUGUUUUGGGAAGUGUAUAUUAGUACAUUUAUGCAAAAUAAAUUAAAUUCUAAGCUAUAAAUUUAUUGUCAAAUUGAAAAAAUUGAGAAACCACCCUUCUAUAGAUUGUGCUCAUUGUAAUACAAAUUAAAAUACUGAACUAUUGAUGGUGACUCUUUUGGUAAAAUAUUGCAAUAUUCAACAAAUCAUUUUUUUUAUUGAUUAUGUGUUACAAAAAAAAAACCUUUGAAAAGAACCUUUAUAAUGUAUUAUAGUGAAAUUGGUGACAGCAUUUACAAGAACAUAAAAUCGACAGAUUCUGAAACAUUCAAGUUGCAUUAUUUAAAGACUUCAUAGAAAGUGUUACUUUCUAACACAUUAAUUUACAAUGUUAUAAAUGUUUAUGAAACUGCAGGAAUAACAAACAGAUUCAGUAAAUGCAAGCAGAUACACAAAUAAAUGAAUGAACUGCAUUCUCACUCUCUUUAUGUCAUUUUGUCUCUGUAGAUGUACAUUCUUCCUCCUUUC